CCCUUAAAGGAGCGAACCGAGGGCUGCUACCUGCAUCUGCUGACGGUCAGACACCAUGAAGUCCCUAGUUCUAGGUGUGCUUUUGGUCGUGUCUCUGCCGUGGCCUGCUGCCGCUGACAAGGGUUCAUUGCGUCUGAGCAAGGUCAGUGAUUUUUCAUGGGAAAACUGUGAUGGUGGGCAUGAUCCAGUAGUGAUCACCAGCCUGGAGGUAGAACCAGUUCCUAUCAGCAUCCCUGGAGAAGUAACCAUUGGCAUGGAGACCAAGGCCAAUAUACCCCUCACUUCUCCUGUGAAGGCAGUGGUAACUUUGGAGAAAGAAUUGCGUCCUGGGUUCUGGUUGCUCAUCCCCUGUAUUAAAAAUAUCGGAAGCUGCACCUAUAAAGAUAUAUGUGAGAUAAUUGACACCUUCAUUCCACCUGGGGAGCCCUGCCCUGAGCCUCUCCAUACCUAUGGCCUGCCCUGUCACUGCCCUUUUAAGAAGGGUACCUACUCGCUGCCCAAGACCAGCUUCCAAAUACCUCCUGUGAAACUGCCACAUUCUCUCAGCAGCGGCAAGUACCGUGCUCAGGUUAUUCUAAGCAACAGCAGUACACGUCUGGGCUGUUUCAAGAUCACAGUCCCUUUCACAGAGAAAUGAGAGACCAUGAUCCGUGCCUGGAUAGAGUGGUCAGCAAAGUUGACUUUGGCUUUGCUGCCUAGUCACCUACUCUAGCCUCAGCUGUGGAUCUCUGCUUAGAAUAAGAAUUCAGCUCUAGCCACUUGAGUUGGGCCUCCCAGCAUCAUUGCCAGGACAGCUACCUCUCUGUUCUUUUGUCUUCCACACAACCCAGGCCUCUCUCUUUUCUCCAGGCCUAGGGUAUGAGCAGCUAAGCAGGAGCAGUUCCCAGGCCUCUUCUCCCAAGGGGUAACUCAUUCAAAGGACUGGCCUACUUUUUUAGUAUUGAGAAGCAAGCACCUUUCAGAUAGUAUUAUUUCUCAAUUCAGUAAAGGAUCUUUUAAAGUAGCGAAUUAAUGUUUUAAAAUAAUAAUAGCUUAACAUUUACAUAGUUUGUGAAGACCUUUAUAUAUAUAUUUUCUCAUUUUAACGAUUCUCCCACUCAAGCUUCUCCCAUUCUCCCCCCCAACACACUGCCACCCUUUUUUGGGGGGCCUCUGACUGAGUGAGUGGAUCUAUUCCUAUGCUUUCUGGAAAAGCAGCAGCCAACAGUAGGUACACAGAAUGGAUCCUCAGACCCCCAGGGCCUCAGUCUUCUUGGACAGCAACUCUCUGAAAGUGCCUGAACUUGUAGUCAGCCAGGAGGCCCUGGUAGUGGUGACUAUCCACUUUUUCUAAAUGUGGAGCCAGUGGCCUGGGAGUCAGCUCUAGGUUUUCUGAACGGACCAAACUCUAUCAUAGACCAGGUUGCCCUGAGGUGUAUGUGAGUCUUCUGAAAACAUUUGCCAAAGCUCCUCAGAUAAGUCGCCCAGCCUACAAUACCCCUCUUUAAGGGAUAGGGAUGUGGGUGGGGGAGCUGGAGCCUGAAGUGGAAGGAUCAGUCCUAGCCCACUUCUACACAGGGUGCAGAAGGGCCAGUGGGUGACCCCAAGGGGUAGGGGUUCACAAUAAACUAAAACUGGACUAAAAAUAAAUCUAUAUUUACUCUUCUACAA